CAGCAGCGUUGAACAUCCAUCGGUCCGACGGCUCAUGGAUCCCCAGUGAGAAGGGCGAGCGCUCCGGCCAGGGGCGGGUAAGGACGACCCUUCGGUGGUUCUAAACUCAGGUGUACGAGGUGCGAUGGCGCUCUGCUCUGAGGCCUGUGUCUCUGGCUCAGGGGGAGAAUCCUCCAGCAGCGAGGGGGGUUCCAGCUGUCUUCAGUUUGGGGUUCGCUCCUACCUGCACCACUUCUAUGAAGAGUGUUCAUCCUCCAUGUGGGACAGAGACCCAGAGGAUCGAGGGUUCGUUCAGAGCCAGAGGUCAACACUGUUAUGGAACUCAGCAGUCUGGAAGGUGUCCUUGGCCCUGGGUCUCCUCAUCCUGACUGCAGGUGUAGCCAGCCUGUCGGUCGGAUACUCCACUCCCCAUAGAAUCGAGUCCUUCGGGGAGGGGGACCUGUUCUUCGUGGAUACUCAGGCCAUUAACUUCAACAGGGGCCUGCACUUGAGCACGGCAGCCGGGAUCGGCCUCUCCUGUCUGGGAUCGGCCCUCGCGGCUAUGGGGAUUGUCGUCUGGAUCCUGCCCAGGUCCAGGUUGAAAGAGAGGCUGUUCCACAAACCGGGGGAAGGGGAGCGGAGAGGAGAGGCGUCAAAGUGGAGAGGGUUUAGCGAGGUGGGGGAUGUGGUCACCAAGCCGCCAGGUUUAGAGGAGGAGAAGAUCCCCGUCACACUGUCCAAAGUGGAAAAUGUACAGCCUACGUCUUAGAAUAGAUUCCUGCUGAGGUACAUGGUGCACAGGCUUUUGUUCUUGUCCAGGGGCAUCAUCUACAAGGUUUUAUGACCACAUGGGGCCAUUUUAUCUUGUUUAUAUCAACCUUUUCAUGUAUGAAGUUUGAAAAAAUAUACAGAUUUUUGUUGUAAUAGGUGUUAUUGUUCAAAAUUGUGCUAAAGAUCAUAACCAUUUUAGUAUUUUAUUGCAAAACUUUCCACAUGUGCAGAAAAUAGAUGUUAUGUUAUGUUAUGUUAUGUUAUGUUAUGUUAUGUUAUGUUAUGUUAUGUUAUGUUAUGUUAUCUUAUGUUAUGUUAUGUUAUGUUAUGUUAUCUCUUUUGUACUCAGAGCAGGUCGUUUCUUGACUAACAAUAGCCUCUGUUGCCUACGUCCAUAGCAACAGCCCAUACACUGAUGUUGAUGAAUAUCCUCACUUCUGCUCCUGUAAUGUUGCAACAGUUUGCAACACUACUGUAGCUACCCUUAACCUAGAAAUAGAGUCACCUAACAUUAACAAAUGACCGGCUCUCCGCACAGCACAGACUCCAACAUUAACUUCACAAAUCUCGAAUACUGAACCUCUCUAAAACAAAUUAGUGUGAGCAAUUUAUUUUAUAUAUAUUAGAAACAACAGGCA